AUAUGCGUAAAAGUGCGCCAAAAUGUUCCUCUUGGUGCUCCUGGGUUUCUGUGCGGCUGCAAGUGAACUUUUCACCCCAGUGAGCUCCUGCCCAACGCAGUGCAGCUGUUUUUACCACAACCUGAGUGAUGGAUCAAAGGCCAGGAGUGUGAUUUGCAAUAACCCAGAGAUAUCUCUGGUGCCUGUCGUGUUCCCAGCGGACACAUCCAAGCUACGGAUUGAGAAGACGGCCAUUCAGCGCAUACCUAGCCAAGCCUUCAGCUACAUGCCUAGCCUGGAAUUCCUGUGGAUGUCCUUCAAUGCACUGUCCACCAUGAACCCAGACAGUUUUCGAGGACUGCUGAACCUGGAAGAGCUUCGUCUGGACGGGAAUGCCCUCACUACCUUCCCCUGGGACUCUCUCUUGGACAUGCCCAGCCUCAGACUUCUUGAUCUGCACAACAACCAGCUGACCUCGCUGCCUGCGGAGGCCACCGUCUACAUGAAGAACCUCACGUACCUGGAUUUGUCCAGCAACAGCCUCGUGACACUGCCGGCGGAGGUGCUGUCUGCCUGGCUGGCUGUAAAACCAGCACAAGGGCCAGAGAGCUCCAAACUGAUCCUCGGUCUCCAUGACAACCCCUGGAUGUGCGACUGCCGGAUUUAUGACCUGGUCCAGUUCCAAAAAUCCCCAACACUUUCAGUGGCAUUCAUUGACACAAGACUGCGAUGUUUGGCUCCAGAGAGUGUUUCUGGGGUGUUGUUCAGUGAUGCCGAGCUACGUCGCUGCCAACUCCCACGCAUCCACACAGCUGUGGCACGUGUCCGAAGUGCUGUCGGAAACAAUGUGCUUCUUCGCUGUGGGACCAUUGGAGUCCCCAUCCCAGACCUGACAUGGCGCAGAGCAGAUGGACAGAGCCUUAAUGGAACAAUCCAGCUUGAAACCUUAAAAGAUGGAUUUACUUGGUCCAUCCUCAGUGUUCCAGCUGUAUCCUAUCGUGAUUCAGGGAAAUACAUCUGCAAGGCCACAAACUACGCUGGGAAUGCUGAAGCUGUCAUUUACCUAAUUGUUUCAAACUCAUCCAAAGCUGAUGGGAAUCAAACAAACAUUGAGAAGAAGGCCAAAGGCAAGAAACCCAAUCAGAUGGGCAAAGCUGCUUAUCAAGAGAAAUUAGUGGCCCGAUAUGUUCUUCCAACUCUCAACCCAGUGCCUCCAUCCACGCUGGUUCCUGGUCUUCAGACCGAUGUUGCUCUUGAUCCUGGAGUUGACAGUUACAAUCCGGUUGCUAAAACUAUCCCGGGGCCUACUACCUCCUACAGUCCAGAUGCCCUGCUGGAUCUAGAGAAGACAAACCUACGCAACCUAGCAGCCAACACCUCAUCCCUACAGCAGGACCCAGAUAGGGUGGUAAGGUCUGUAAAGGUGGUGGGGGACACGGACAAUACAAUUUCUCUGAAUUGGAGAGCACCAAAAGCUAAAAACACAACAGCAUUUAGUGUGCUGUAUGCUGUGUUUGGAGAGAAAGACAUGAGGAGGAUAAAUGUUGGAGCAGGGCAGACCCGUGUAACCAUAGAAGGGCUGGUACCCAGGACCAAAUACAUAGCCUGUGUGUGUGUGAGGGGGUUGAUCCCCAAAAAGGAGCAGUGUGUCAUAUUUUCUACUGAUGAAGCUGCUAGUGCCACCGGCACCCAGAAGCUGAUUAAUGUUAUUGUGAUCACUGUUGCCUGUAUCAUUGCGGUCCCGCUCACAGUCAUUGUGUGCUGUGGUUGGCUGAAGAGGCGCAUCCAGAAGUACUGGGGGAAGAAAUCCAAGGACAUUCAAGAUUCAUACGUGACCUUUGAAACAUUAUCGCCUGGCACAAAGGCCAAAGGGCUUGAAGGUGAAUAUUUAAACAAAAUGAACCCAGAAGAGUCCAACAGGCUGCUGUCAGCCCGCUCCAGCCUGGACUCUGAGGCCACGGCUAAAAUAGAAGGACAGCCUAAUGAGUACUUCUGCUGACAUCAUGCUCCAGCUCCGGCUCCUGCUUCACGCCAACUCCCUCGCAGCCACCCUCAUCCCAAACUGAACACCUAUUCACAUCCCCGUGUCCAUGCACAUGUUCACUCUUACCCAUACCGCCAUCAGAUCCCACACCCUCACUCUCAUCAACAUCCCAACAUCACGCCUCCUCCCACCCGUUCUCAUUCACCUCCGCGGUGGGAGUCGCCCCCACCUGUCCCUCCUCGCUGGAUUGCACCGCCAACUCCACUACCACCACAGAGACCCAACUUCUAUCAGAAAGCUUUUGCACACUGCACUAUCAUGGAAAUAUCGGUUUAAAAUUAAUUAUUUGCAUUUAUUCCCAA